CACGCGCACGCAGUUAUUCUCUGGUGGUUUAGACUUUUACAAUUAGCCUUGUUUAAUCCAUUUGGACUAAAAUUUCAGCGAAAUGCUUUACAACCCGUUUAUAACCGCAAUGAUAAACGCAAUUCUGCACAAAUUAAUGUGCGGAAAUUAGCCGUAUCCUCCGAGGAUUUUUCCAGGUAUUCAAUUGGGUGUUGAUAAAGCCAUUUUAAUUAACAUCAAUGACUUCAAUAGAAAUGUAACGCGGGUGAAGCAAAAGAACAAAAACGUCAGCGCGUGAGUCACUUAUAAUGGUCGGAGAGCGAAAAGUGAGUUGGUUUGUGUGUUCGUGCGCGUGUUUGCGCGCGUUUGCUGACUGACUCACUCUGUCUGCUCUCAGAUGCUUCAACAUCGAUCUGCCUUCCUCCAUGUGAGUAUCCGCGAUUUUUUUGCUGUUUUGCAUGUGUGGGUUUCGGAGGAAACGUAAUAAUAUGGAGCUAUUUUCUCUUGUUGUUUCGUCCGGAUAUGGAUGUUUGGGAAAACGGGUGAUUCUCAAAGUUUACGGCAGGAGAUAAAACUUGAUGGCGUCUGGCAUGAAUCGAUUAUUUCAUAUCUAUGGAUCAUUAUUUAUCUGAAACUCGACUAUGAUGAUGGGAUAAGUAGUUGCAUGCGUCUUCUUGUAUGUGAGCCUCCAUGCAACCACAGAAAUGAGUUGUCAGUCCAAAGGAGAAACGGUAACAAUGCUUUAAAUACUGUAUGUGAUAUAAUUAUAGAUGGCGAUUAACUUUGUUCAUGAAUAAGAAAAGCGAACUGAGUUCCAAAUGUUGAGCUGCUUUUAGUGAGUGUUCCAUCCAAAGAUAUGACUUCAUAUUGCUACUUCACAACUACAAUUAGGCUGAUUAUUAUUGAUCAAUUUUAAUGCCAAAAUACGACCUGUGGUGGAUUUUUACCCGUUCAGAGACAGUGGUCAUUGCAGUGGACAGCCAUUCAAAAGUUGGCAUUUGAGACCUUUAACCCUUUACACAGCAAGUGACUAAAUUUAGUAAUUUAUUUUUAUUACACGUCAGAGCUCUAAUCAUUUAGUGUAUAGGGAAAGUGACUCUUUUUGUUCAUUAAAAAAAGCGUACAUAAAUAUGUGCAAUUAUAAUAUAUUAUUAAGAUUUUCAGUUUUUAAAAAUGAAAGUUUGUUCAUUUGCCUCUCCUGCAAAAAUAGAUUAGACAUUUAGCACUGUCAAUGGCAGCCAAUGAGUUAAAUGAGUGCCCUGUAAGGGUAAAAAAAUGUUUUUUUUUUUUUUUAAAUAAUAAUAAUAGCAAUGAUAAUAUUAAUAAUUCGUGCAUUAAAGGGAGAAAUUGGGUAAUUAAAAAUUUCAUAAUGCUGUUGUUAUUAAGAUUUAUUGUAAAGAGUGCUGCAGUGUAAAAUCACAUCAAAAAUGGGGCUUUGAGCUUUGGAAAUUCAAAUGCCAAAAAGGAAAACAACGUAUUGGGAGCUGGUGAGUGUUAUUGGUGACAUCAGUAAAUUAAAACCAUACCAAACAGCAGUAGCCAAGGCAAAAUCUUGUCCUUGGCCAGAUGUGUUUUUGUGACUUUAGUGACUUCAGUAUAGUGGGGUGAAGGGUGACACGUCAGUUCAGUCUUUGAUGGUCAGCUUUGGCUUUUGUUUGGAGUUUGCAAACAAGACAAAAAAAACAACACUGAUGACUCUCUUAGUAUAUAUAUUGUUGUUUUCGCAACAUGUGACCAUAAUGUUACAAUAUUUGAAAACAAAAAUUGACACCUGCUAAGCCACAUUAAGCAAAACCUAGAAAAAAAUAACACAAGUUAAUUUCCACAAAAUUUUGUGGCCGGGUGGGUAAAUGGUGCAUCCAGUCACCCAUUUCGUAUGUCUUCAUUAGGGUCUCAGGCAAUGUUCCCUCUAAAUUUUCAUGUGUGAGCAGAUACACAAGCUCCCUGAACACACUGAGGACCACUGUGAGCAACAUCAGAUGUGUACGCUGUGGCCACACACCAGUAUCACACCUGUUCAAAACUUUGUAUCAUAGCAAGUUACAUGGCUUAUUAAAAGAAUAAAUUCAGCUUCUGUUGCAUAGCCAGCAGCGUUGUACUGAAUGUUGCUAAUCAAAUCUAUUGUUGUAAAUCCUUGGAUUUGGAUUUUUGAGUCACUAGCUUUCAGUAAUAGAUACUUCGGUGGUUUCAGACUUAUCCAUGACUCUCUCCAGUGUAACCGGAAUAUGUCCACUUCAACUUUACGCUUCACGGUAAGAGGUUGAGGAGAUUCUCUCUGUGAAGUAGGUGGUGGAGGUUUACUUUAAGGUUUGGGAGGAGGGAGAGGUACAAGUUAGAAUUAGAUUUUUGGCUUGUUUUUUUUUUUUUGUAUCCCUGGAGGUUAACUUUCUUGUCACUUCUACAGUGGCCACCAGAUCCCAGUGAUAAUUCCAUUUGGAGAAAAGCCUAUGAGCAAACAAAAGCGAAGCCAUUUAAUAUUUGACAGUGAUGACCAAUGUCCCCGCUAUUUUUUAUGUGUCUGAGCAGACACACAAGCUCCCUGAACACUCUGAGGACCACUGUGAGCAACAUCAGAUGUGUACGCUGUAGCCACACACCAGUAUCACGCCUGUUGAAGAUGUUGGAUCAUAGCAAGUUCACUUAAAAAGAAUGAUAUUACAGCAACAAUUCCUAUUAGUUUAGCUUUAAUAUAAUUGAUUUGGUCCACAUAAAAUGAAAAAGACAAAAAUCUCGUUCAUGAGAUGUGUACUAUGUUAUAUGUGAGAGUCCUGCUUUAGCGAUAGCAACAGUCCUGCUUUGGCCUGGGUGAGGUCCAGUUGUGGCAAUGGUGAGUUAGUAAAUAGAACAUAAUAAACAAUCAAAAUGGGAGUAUUAAAAAACUCCCACAUAGAAACUGUUCAGAAAAUGAGGACACUCAAGAUUCCUAUUCUCCAUGUCCAAGCAGCUAUACAGGGCAGGUUUAAAAAAAAAAAAAAAGUUAAAAAAAAAAAAAGAAAAAAUGUCACUCAAUUUAUUAUUUGCUCAUACCCCGACAGCCGUUCCAUCUUAAAACAGCCACAUUUCUUUUUUACUUUGGCUUGAUGACUGUAGUCUCACUGCCCGUUCCUUUCGCCAUGAUAAGGACUCUUCACUCCGCUCCACUGUUGUUAGCUAGCUAACCUGCACGACGCCUGCGGGCAGGGCACAUAUGCGCAACACUGUCAAUGCUAUGAUUGGCUGAUUAGCUGUUAUACAUUGAGUUACGUUGCAAAAUGGUACAGAAAACAAUUAUGUUGUUCAAAUUAAUUCGAUUAUAUCUGUUGUAAAAUAAAUUAAGUAAUACUGUAGCGCGUGCAAAGAUUGGCAGUGGAAUGUUGCUUCAGUAAAUCAGCACAAAAGUCUUACUUUUCACUCUUCUUUUUCUCCGCACCCACCCAGGUCAUCGACUCGCAGCUAUCGUGGUGUAGUAACCCAACAAUGGGACCGCUGCCGUAUCGAACGCACCAAUAGGAGUGUCGCGCUGGCACAUCACUGCGGUGCCGACAGUUGUCCUGGAAUCAACAGGCUGUUGUCAUUCCAGACAUAGGGACGCUCAUUCUAAGACACAGUGAUAGAACCUGAACAGGAGAUCCUGCAGCAGUCCUACCCUUUGGAGUUUCUAUAGAUCUGCGUGCAUUCCUUGCUAGGACUUGGAUUGGUAUCUUCUUGUUGUCUCUUCUUCUUGCUCUUCAUCCUCCACCCACCGACGUCAGUGAAACGGUUCAAACUCUUAUGAUAUUGAGGUUAAUCUGAUUAUGAAGAUUACCUUGAAGAGAAUUCCUCGUCAAUGACAGCCAAGAUGGAGACUGCUUUCUAUCAUGAUGACUCCCCUGCCAUCCACAACUUCAGUCAGUUUCCAGAAUACGAGCGUUACGCCGGAAACAAGAUGCUGAUGUGUAAGAAGGCUAUGGCAAUAGGAAGUCAUCAUUUCCCGAGCAGUGGUAGCGGUGGCGCUGGAGGAAGAGGAACGAAUGCCAACAAUCUCGGAAUUGCCAACAACAGUUCCCUCAUAACAUCCUCGGCAGCCUCGGCGGACAUGAACCUGCUGAAGCUAGCUUCUCCUGACCUGGAGCAUCUGAUCAUCCAAUCCAACCAGGGAUUAGUCACCACUAACUCCACCAACCCCUUCAUUUAUCGGAACCAGGCUACCAAUGAGCAAGAAGGCUUUGCUGAUGGCUUUGUUAAAGCACUGGCGGACCUACACAAGCAGAACCAGCUAGUUGGAGGACAUAUGUCACCGUCAUCCUCCUGCAACGUCUCCUUACAGGCAUCUUACCAGAGGAACUUGAUGUCCACUAGCGAUAUCCCCAUCUACACUAAUCUUAGCAGCUACAACCAAGGACAGAUGGGGUAUUCCGGAGCGCAGAUGACAUACAGUGGCACCACGAGUCAUAAUGGUAGUGGAGCGCAUCAACCACACAACAGAGGUCUGGACGCUCCACAGACGGUCCCUGAGGUUCCCCAUCUACCUGGAGACCCUACAUCGCCACCUUCCCUCUCCCCCAUCGACUUAGAGACACAAGAGAGAAUCAAAGCCGAGCGUAAGAAGCUUCGCAACCGUAUCGCGGCAUCCAAAUGCCGUAAGCGUAAACUGGAGCGAAUUUCGCGACUGGAGGAGAAAGUAAAGAUCCUAAAGAGUCAGAACUCUGACUUGGCCUCCACCGCUUCUAUGCUUCGGGAGCAGGUCUCUCAGCUCAAACAGAAGGUGAUGAGUCAUGUCACCAAUGGCUGCCAGAUUGCCGUCAGCUCUACCAACAAAUCUGGAGGAAGAGGUAGCAGUGCUGGCAGUGAGGACUCCAGCUGCUGAGGGCGGACGGCUUAAAAAGAACAAGGGUUGAAGAUGAACCAUUUCUAAAAUUUGGAAAUUUCACUUGUGCUCGAUGCUGUCAAAAAGAGCUCGGCGCAAGUGGCUCAGGGUCAGUUGACGCCGCGUGAUACAAAGGGAUGGUUUAAUGACAUUCAGCCAGAGAUACUCACCAAACACUGUUGAACCUGAAGGGGUUUCAGAGCAGAUAAGAGGUUCCUGGCCAUGAAGAAAGUUACAUUGAGUUUCUAUGGUGGUUGAUAUUAUUUAAUGAGAAUUCAGCAGGAUUUGACUUUGAAAUACUUUUAAGUUAACCGCUGAACUAUUAUUUAUUUCGGAAUCAUCUCAUCACGCAUUAAAUGGAUCUUGUUUUUCUCAUUCAAUUUUUUCGUUGGAGCUAUUUUGGAAAAAUCAAAUCAAUGUGAGGGCAUACUUGUAAGUAUGGAUACUUCAUUAAAAUCAGUGGUGUAAUUAUUGAGCAACAUGUACAAUGCUUUUUUAUCAGACUGUGACUGUAUUUUGGGAUUCUUAAUUUAAAAAUAAAAAAUAUACAUAAAAAAUACGCUUACCAACAUGUUGAUGGAAUUCACUAUUUGUUACAUUAUUGUGUUUGAUUUGUGUUAUUUGAUUUCAUAUUGUGUGUACUGAUAAUCCAUGUUUGAAGGUCCAAUUUCCAGAUAUACAUGUUGGGAUUAUUCACGUGUUGCUGCUGAAAGUUUAAAACAUUAUUGCCACUUUAUGUAAAAUAAAAUAAAGUCUGACGAUCAGUUGUUA